GAUGUUGCUGCUCCUCACGUGUCGCUUUAAGUUAAAGUUUUUCGCCUCAAGUUCACAAACAUGAGCUCCGGCUCCAACCAGAGGACUCUGUUCCAGACCUGGGGCUCCUCCGCGCCCCAAAACAAACCCGCUGCACCGAGGAAAGAUGGCGUGAAAGCCGCUGGACGGCGCAGGACUACCCCGAGCAACUCCUCCCAGGUCCCCGCAGCACGUCCUCCUCCGAACCCCCUGUGGACUGAGGUGGGUCAGGGGUCCUCACACCCAGUGAGGACCCCCGCAAGGACAGAGGAGCCCUGUGCAGAGGAAGAUGAUGAUGAUGAUCUCAUGGUGGUGGCUGUCUACGAGGCUGAGAAGAGCCUGCGACUUGACAAUGCGAACUCUCCCCAAGAUGACAACCCUGCAGGAGCAGAGGUCAGUACCCGGUCUCCAGACCCCUCAGCCGGGCAGACAUACCCGGAGCUCCCCGGCUUUGACAGCUCCUCAGCCAAAGUGUGGAUCUACCCCACUAACUUCCCCCUCAGGGAGUACCAGCUGAAGAUCUCCGAGGCGGCCCUGUUCCACAACACACUGGUGUGUCUGCCCACUGGUCUGGGGAAAACCUUCAUAGCCUCGGUGGUCAUGUACAACUUCUACCGCUGGUAUCCAUCGGGGAAGAUCGUGUUCAUGGCCCCCACCAAGCCCCUGGUGGCCCAGCAGAUCGAAGCCUGCCAUAAAGUGAUGGGGACCCCACAGGCCCACAUGGCUGAGCUGACAGGCAGCACAGCAGCCAAGCAGAGACAGGAGGUGUGGAGGUCCAAGCGCCUCUUCUUCCUCACCCCUCAGGUGAUGGUGAACGAUUUGUCCAGAGGCACGUGUCCAGCUCAGCAGGUGAAGUGUGUGGUGAUCGAUGAGGCCCACAAGGCGCUGGGCAACCACGCUUACUGCCAGGUGAUCAGACAGCUCGGCAGCCAGACUCUGCAAUUCCGCAUCCUGGCCCUGAGCGCAACCCCAGGGGGGGAUACAAAGUCGGUGCAGUCGGUGAUCUCUAAUUUGCUCAUCUCCCACAUCGAGCUGCGUUCAGAGGAAAGCCCCGACAUCCGGGCCCACUCCCACCAGCGCAGCGUGGAGAAAGUGGUGGUUCCGCUGGGAGAGGCCCUCUCUGUUCACCAGGCUCGCUACCUGCAGGUGCUGGAGAAAUUCAUGUCACGCCUGGUGCAGAACCGGGUGAUGGCUCACAAGGACUUGAGGACUCUCAGCAAAUACCAGCUCAUCCUCGCCAGAGACCAGUUCCGCAAAAACCCACCCCCGCAACUCAAGGCACGGACCUGUGGCUGCUUUAUGAUUGGCCAGUGUUAA